AUGUCAGAGCUCGAUGAUGAUUAUUUUACAACUCUUAAUUUAUUUACUACCACCUACCACCGGGACGUGUACGAUGCUAUCAACCCAGAAAACCCACGGUUAUCGCAAGCGGGAAAGGUGAUUGUAAUCACUGGAGCUAGUAGUGGGAUCGGAAAGGAGGCUAUGGCGCUGUCGUUUGCAAAGGCUGGUGCAAAGGCUCUCUACCUCAUCGCUCGAAGUCAAGACGGCCUAGAUAAGACCAGAGAGCUGGUUCUUUCGAUCAAUUCAGAUGUUAAAAUUUUUACAAAGGCUAUGAGUAUCACAGAUGAAGAUGCUGUUCGAGAUCUCUUUCUUCAGAUCAGUUCUGAAUAUGGUAAAGCGGAUGUACUCAUCAACUGUGCUGGCAUCGGGUCGGGCGGGCCUUUUCUGACAGCUCCUGUGGCAGAUAUUUGGCGAGAUUUUGAAGUCAAUGUAAAAGGCACCAUCAUUAUGAGCCAGUAUUUUGCGAAAGCAUUAGGCAAGACCAAUAAAGGUCGUAUUAUCAACAUAGCAAGUUCAUUCGGUCCAUUCAUGGCGCCGGACACAGACAGCUAUGCUCUUAGCAAGCUAAGUCAGAUUCAAAUGCAACGCUAUAUUACAGCAGGAAACCCAAAUAUUUUUGCCGCAAGUCUUCACCCGGGAUCAGUCCGUACAGCUAUGACAGCGCCAGAGUGGGUGCGAUUCUCGAAGGAUACACCCGCAUUGGCGGGAGGAGCUGCUGUGUGGCUGUCGUCUGUAGAGGCUGAUUUUAUGAAUGGGCGAUAUUUUGACGUAGCAUGGGAUGUUCCCGAGACUGUAAAAAGGAAGGAAGACAUUAUUCAGAAAGGGUUGCUCCUAAUGGAGCUGCGUGGUGACUUUACGGGGGGGGAAUAG